UAGCAACAGGUCAGAGGCGGCAACAAGGAACUUUCACUUUCCUUUCCAGCUUCCUGACAACCGCACAGAACAGGAGACCGGUCGCAGUUAUCGGGGUGACUGCGCUCAUCAUAUGGGGGGCAGCACCUCUAAGCCGGCGGCCAUGUCCCAUGAAAGGUCUGCACAUUUCUCAAAAAUAGAAGAGGAUAUCAUGUGCUCCGUGUGCCUCACAGAGUUCAAUGACCCGGUCAUUAUCACUUGUGGCCACACCUUCUGCAAACCCUGCAUCACAUCCUACUGGUCCACUACACCGAUCCUGGGUUAUCGCUGCCCAGAAUGCAGGAAAGUCUGUCAGAAAGACCAACUUAUACCGGCCUACCGCCUCAAGAAUGUGGUGUCAACGGUUCAGCUGGCCGCCAAAGAAGCGCAGUACAAACCGGCUCCGGCUCAUCCCGUUCAGCUGGUCUACACCGAUCCCCAGAGGCAGAUGUGGUUGGAUGAAACUGCUGUGGACAGAUGCUUUGUGAACAGUGAGGUCUCAGGUUACCCCCUGUGCCUCAUCUGUGUGAUCGGGGAGAAGAGGAAAGGAAAAUCCAGCCUAUUGAAUUACAUUCUGAGAGCCCUUUACAACCUGGAGAAGGGUCAGCCGGUAAGCCUAGGGGGAGCCGAUGAGACCCUGUCUGGGUUUAAAUGGAGAUCCGGGACAGACAGUGUCACCAAGGGGAUAUGGGUGUGGAGCAGACCAUUCAUCCUGGAGCGGAACGGUGAAAAGAUGGCCGUGUUCGUCCUGGACACAGAAGGGUCGCUGGACAUUGAAAGUGAUCGGGAGACUUGUAUCAAGCUCUCUGCCCUGUCCAUGCUCCUCAGCUCCUACCUGAUCUUCAAUGUAAACACGAGCUUGAAAACCACGGAGCUGGAUUAUCUUGAGAUGUAUCUCCAUGUCUCGGAGCUCACAGGGGAAUCUUUCUCUCUACAAUAUCUACAGCACUUAAAUAUCCUGGUUCGGGACUGGCAUGAUCCCGACAACUGCGGACGAGAAGCGGCGAAGUCCUAUAUAGAUCACGAGACUGAGAAACUUCGGAAAAGCUCGACAUACCACCGCGUGCUGGAGACUCUGCGCAGUCCGUCUGUGAGCGGCUUCCUCCUGCCGCACCCGGGGAAGGCGUUCCUGAGAUCCAAUCAGGGAAGGCUGUCAGACAUGGACGAUGAUUUCAGGGAUCACAUGAUCACCUACGUAUCGGACCUUGUGGGGGGCGUCUGGCUUCACAGCAAAACUGAUGUCCAUGGCGCGAAGAUCACGUGUGGCCAUUUGGGUCAAAUGCUUAAGGAUUUCGUCAGCACUUUGCAGAGAGAACACUUCAGCUUUGCUUCUCCAUUAGAGAUGUUUUAUGCACUUGAGAACAUGAAAAACAUGAAAAACACCGUUAAGAAAUUCCAGGAUUUUGUGGCAAAAGAGGCUCCCAUGACUUCUUCUCCAUUGAAAAUCUUGAGGGUCACGACCUCUAAGAUGCGGAUGAAGGUCAGCGAUGAGGCUUCUCGCCUUCUCCACGAGUAUGGGCAGAGUCUGAGAGGCGACAAUGACGCAGAGUGCCAGAAGCUCGUGGACGAGACCAAGACUCUCUUAGACCAAGAAGUGGAAAAAUUCUGUGCCGAAUACUCCAAACGCUUCACCAAAUGUGCCAUCGGGAUGGGAUGCGCAGUGGGGGGUGGGGUCCUUACCCUUGCCGGUGGUAUCGCAGGGGCUGCUGUGGCUGGAGUCGUUCUGGCCUCUGAGCUUGCCGCCUUCGUGGGUGCAGUUGGGGGGGGUGUUGCCGGCGGGGCCAUCGGAACUGGAGUUGGAGCAGGUGUUGGGAGUGUUAUUGGGCAUAAAGAGAAGAAAAAGGAUCAGAAGACUGAUGAGAGAAGUGAGUCAACAACUGAAGACACCCAACAGCUGGUAGUGAGUGAACAACUCCCAUCAUUGUAAUGUCCACCAGCUCCUACCAUGUGUCUCCCUCAGGGACGUGCACAGACAUCUUGGGGGGCAGGGGCUGAACUAAAAUAAAAGGGCACUUGUAAUUAUUUAUAUAAAUGCCCACAUAAUGAUACCAGACUGUCCAGGGCACUUAUAGGAAGAACAUGAAAAGGGCAGGGGCUCAAGCCCCCUUUCUAGUUAACCUGUGCACGUCCCUGGUCUCCAUGAGGCGCUGCUUAAUUUUACACUGUAGACAGACGUCUCAAUUUAUUAUAGAAAUUUUAUGGCCUCUUCCUUUUUAAUGGGGCUCAAUGCCUUCCGAUUCCUCUGCAAUCCCCUUCUCCUGUAGGGGGCGCUUUACAGAAUUGAUUUCUAUAUGCGCAUUUCAUACGUUUUUAAUCUGUUUCUACCUGAGACGGCUCAGAAAAAUAACAGGAUGGCCACUACCGUGACCAAAAGGGAUUCCCACAGAAGACCCUCAAUGGAUGGACGCAGCCCCCUCUUCCUUGGGGUGGCCGCUGGGUAUUUGGAUGGACUCUCCUCAUCUUCAGCACUUUAUAAGCAUUGACUGUUCUUGCACUGAACGACAUGCGGAGGUCUGAGGUCUGUGACACCUUGGACAAUGUCUUUAUUAAUAAUUUACGCUCUAUUUUCUGUAAAAUUAAUUGAUAAAGGUUAAAAAUUGUAAAAAAAAAAAAUUGAUUUAAGAACAAACCAAAAUAUCAAUUUACUGUAUUCUUGGGACAGGUUCCCUCUUAUACGAGUUUCUCAAUAAAUUAACUUAUAGUUUGA